UUCCCUCAAAUCAAUAAUAGUGAUGAAAAAGUGUCAAAUGUAUGUAAUUAAAUUGAAUCUCAGGGACUAAUUAAAUUGAAUGUUCAAACAAGAGGGAUUGAAUUGUAAGUAGUACCUACAUAAGGAACUGAAUAACAAUUAAAUCCGAUACAAUUAACACCUUGAACCCAUUACAUUACUAUUCGUUCAGAACGACUUCUGAAAUUUAAUCCACCGCUGCCUCUCUGCUUUUGCUUUACCCAGCCUCCUCUUGCUUCCGUUAACUUCGCCGUCGCUGUAUUCCUCCGCCGUCUCGGGAAUUUAAAUCAGGUUCAUCCGCCGCUGCCUCUUCUUUUGCUUUACCCAGCCUCCUCCUGCUUCAGUUAACUUCGCCGUCGCUGGCAUUCCUCCGCCGUCUCCGGAAUUCAAUCAGGUGAUUUUCAAUGCUAUUGCUUGAAAUUUUUGGCUAAGAGUAGAUAUGCAGAGAUUUACUUCGAAAUCAAUCUAUUUUUUGAACAAACACUGCAGCUCUCACUCAAUUUUCGUACAACUCUACCAUAAAACUCAGGAUUUCACCAACAAUCCAAAAAAUGGGUUUGGCAUUGUUUGUCUCAAAACUCAAGAAGAUAAAAGCAAGUCAGAGCUUGACAAUCGCAGCAACAAUGCUGACGAGUUUUCGAAGGAUGUGGAAAAGGUAUACCGAUUACUCAGAAACUAUCAUACUAGAGUUCCAAAACUAGAGCUUGCCUUGGAAGAAUCCGGUGUCGAGAUGCGCGCGGGCUUAACUGAACGCGUAUUGAACCGCUGCGGUGAUGCAGGGAAUUUAGGGUAUAGGUUUUUCGUUUGGGCGUCGAAGCAGCCGGGUUAUAGGCAUAGCUACGAGAAUUAUAAGGCUAUGGUUAAGAUCUUUAGUAAAAUGAGACAAUUCGGUGCUGUUUGGGGUUUACUAGAGGAAAUGAGGAAAGAUAAUAGUGAGAUGAUAACGAGUGAGUUGUUCGUUGUUCUGAUGAGGCGGUUUGCUUCAGCUAGAUUAGUUCAGAAGGCGAUUGAAGUAUUAGAUGAGAUGCCGAAGUAUGGAUGCGAGCCUGAUGAGUAUGUGUUUGGUUGUUUGUUGGACGCGCUGUGUAAGAACGGUAGUGUUAAGGAAGCGGCUUCUCUUUUUGAGGAUAUGAGAGUGAGGUUUAAGCCAAGCUUGAAGCAUUUUACUAGUUUGUUGUAUGGUUGGUGCAAAGUAGGAAAGUUAUUAGAGGCUAAACAUGUGUUGGUACAAAUGCAGGAGGCGGAGUUUGAGCCGGAUAUUGUUGUGUAUAAUAAUCUUUUAAGUGGUUACGCUAUGGCAGGAAAAAUGGCGGAUGCUUUUGAUUUGGUAAAGCAGAUGAGGAGUAAGGGGUGUGAGCCUAAUGCGAAUUCGUAUACUAUUUUGAUACAGGCGCUUUGUGGGCAGGAGAAGAUGGAUGAAGCGAUGAGGGUUUUUGUUGAGAUGGAAAGGAGUGGCUGUGAAGCAGAUGUUGUGACUUAUACUGCAUUAAUUAGCGGGUUUUGUAAGUGGCGUAAGGUAAAUAGAGGAUACCAGAUUUUGGAUACUAUGAUACAGAAAGGGCAUAUGCCUAAUCAGUUGACUUACUUGCACAUAUUGUUGGCCCAUGAAAAGAAUGAAGAUUUGGAAGAGUGUGUGGAAUUAAUGCGUAAGAUGCAAUCUGUUGGCUGUGUUCCCGACCUUAGUACUUAUAAUAUAGUGAUAAGGCUGGCUUGCAAGUUAGGAGAAGUGAAAGAGGGUGUUCGACUUUGGAAUGAAAUCGAAGCAAACGGCUAUAGUCCAGGGCUUGACACUUUUGUUAUUAUGAUUAAUGGGUUUCUUGCUCAAGGAUGCUUGAUUGAGGCUUCGACGUACUUCAAAGACAUGGUUGCGAGGGGCCUUUUAUCAUCUCCUCAGUACGGUAUCCUAAAGACAUUAUUUAAUGCUUUGUUGAGAGAUGAUAAGCUUCAUAUCGCUAAGGAUGUUUGGAGUUGUAUUGUGACAAAAGGAUGCGAGCUUAAUCCAGAUGCAUGGACAAUUUGGAUUCAUUCGCUGUUCUCAAAUGGGCAUGUAAAAGAGGCAUGUUCAUACUGUAUGGACAUGAUGGAUGCAGAUGUAAUGCCAAAACCAGAAACUUUCGCAAAGCUUAUGCGUGGCUUGAGAAAGUUAUACAACAGACAAAUUGCAGCAGAUAUCACAGAGAAGGUGAGAAAGAUGGCUGCAGAUAGACAUACAACUUUCAAAAUGUAUAAACGAAGAGGUGAAAGGGAUUUAAAAGAAAGGGAUAAGACUAAAACCGAUGGGAGAAAGAGGAGGGCUCGUAGACGCAAAUGGGGUGGCGUCCAUAACGGAUCCAGCAUUUAGUUUCAAUGUGAAUUGUAGAUGAGCACUGACUUACAGAGAUUACUGCUGAAACUGUAGAAUCUUCACAGUGUAACUUUUAGAAGAUUUGGUUGACAGAGUAAGUGAACAAAAAAGCGACAUUUCCUGGUAAAAUGUAAAGAUGAGCGGUAGGGGCUAUGAGUAUCUGCUAAAGAAUCACAGGCAUUUGAGCAUCCUAUAUGCUACUAACAAGGGAUAAAUGUCAAGUGCGCAUUUGUGUCACUAAGGUAUGCUUCUAAUAUUUAGUUCAUAUUGCUAGCUCUUGCAUACAUAUGAUGUGAAAAUCGUAAGUUGGCAUGAACUCCAUGGACUUGAAAUUUGACAACAAACUUUAAAAUAUUCCGUGGGAUUCUAAAUUAAGUUUAUAAAAGAGUAGAAUAUCAUGUUUUAUACAUUGAAUUCCGAAAUCAACAAUGCGAACUUUAGGUAUUUUAAACCUGAAACCCAACAAACAAUGUCAAGUCAAAUAUUGAAACUCUAAACUUGAUUUAAAAGUAGAAAGAAAGACCUUAACUAAUAUUUAGAUGGUUGAAACCAAUUUGAAGUAUACAAAACACCCUAUAUACUCUCUGUCCAUAUGAAUAUUUAAGUCUCUAAUUCUACUUUGGUAAAUCGGAUCAGGAAAUUUCGAGAUGUUUGGAGUUAUAUUUCUUUACAUUUUCCAGAUUGAUGCUUGUUACUAUCAAAUGGCAAGUACAAGAGAUGACAAUUUUACAAUUGCUAGUACCGUAAAAUUCUUAUAAUCAGCGCUCUCACCUAAUAUUUAUUACAUUUUGUCAGAAAUCAAGUAAUUUUCACCUGGUUUUUAUACAUGAGAAUGUUGUAUAUGAAAAGAUCAGAAGUACAUUCAUGUUGAAAUGUUGCAGUGGAAAGAUAUUGUUAUUAAUUACUGUGCUAAUGAUAUGGAAGAAUAAUUUAAAAUA